AGUAGGCACACUGUCCAACAGCUGAAAAUAUGAAACGAAGAAGACGAGCGCUCAAUCUGGCGCCACAAACAAAAGCUCAAGUGAAAUGGGGUACAAAUGCUCCGUCCCGCAUUGCAAUUCCGGUAACAAACGCCACCCACAAGUUCCAGGGGUGUCAGUGCACUCAUUCCCCACCGAUCAUGACUUGAAACGCCAGUGGAUUCGGCGAAUUCAUAGCGAAGAAUGCUAGUCACCCACUAAGAAUUCGAAAAUAUGUAGCCUCCAUUUCGUCGCUUCUGACUUUGUUGUCGAGAGCAGAGACAGCAAUAAAGCCCGUAAUCAAGCCAUCACCAACCCAAAAGGCCUCAUCAGGAAGAUAUUGAAGCCCGUUGCGGUCCCAAGUCGGUUCCCCGGUCAGCCAGAUUACAUGAAUGCAAAGCCAACAACUCAAAGAAAAACAACAGCAUUGAGCAGUGAAAGAAGAGAGACUGAUAUUGUGAAACUUACUGAAUCGGCCAAUCGUUUUCUUCUUGCUGACAAAGUUACCGGCAUCAAUGAACUCAAAGCCAAGCUAAAGUCGGAACUGAUCCCAAAAGGCAUCUUGUACAUCGAGACUGCAAAUGACUCGAUCACAUUUUACGAACUUCAGUGCCAUCCAGGUGCAGCGGCGAUAGUCAAAUUCACUGUCGUCGUCAAGUCAAAUCUCCAGCUAUUACUUUUUCUCAAGAAUGAACGUAUGUCGACCAACAAAGUUUCACAUCUCCUCAGUAAUGGUUGCAUUUGGUCUGUUUCGAGUCUUCAAAAUGUGCUCGCUCACAUGAAAAACGUGCUUCCCGAACAAAUUGAAGACAUUACCAACGUCCGGAACACUAUCAUAGACAGGAUGGAGUUGUUCAAGUCUCUUGCUCCCGAUUCCGCCAAGGCUGCUUCGAUGUCUUUCCUCCAGGAGCAAGUCGAGCUAUUGUUGAAGGAGAAAAAUGGAAGAAAAUACUCGUCAUCAUUGUUGGCCUGCGCUUUGCUCUGGAUGAAUACAAGCCCGGCCCUUUACAAACAGAUUUUGAAUGAUGGAGUUCUCGCUUUGCCAUCAGUUUCACGUUUGAGGAGCCUAUCGUCUGGACUUAAUAUGGAACCCAAGGUAUCAACGUCGACUCUCAAGUAUUUAUCUGCUCGGGCAUCAGGAUUGACAUCAAUGGAACGGAAAGUGUUUGUCAUGGUGGACGAAAUUUAUGUCGCUCAAAGAGCAGAAUUCGCACAUGGCAAUCUAAGUGGUAUUGGAGAAAAUGGAUCCGUCCCUAAAACUCUGGUCGGCUACAUGGUUAAGAGCAUCGCCGGAAAAUUUAAGGACAUGGUAGCCCUAUAUCCAUGUACAAAACUCACAGCAGAAAUGCUCGAAGCACAGGUCAAUGAAGUACUGAGGGCACUGGACUCAAUUGGAUUCGAAAUACUUGCCCUUUGCAUGGACAAUGCAACUACAAAUCGAAAGUACUUCAAGAAAAUCCUAUGCGAUGGCGAGCUCAAACCAUUUAUUCAACAUCCCAUCGAUCCUAACUUGAAGCUUUUCAUCUUCUUCGACAGUGUGCACAACAAAAAGAAUGCAUUCAACUCAUUCAUGAACCGAGAACAGUUCAUUUGUCCUCCAUUCGAUGGUGUUGAAAUUGGAUCGCCGAACUUCAGGCACAUCAGAGACCUUUACGACAAGGAGUGCGGUCAAGCUGUCAAAAUUGCCCACAAGCUCACACAAAAAUCUUUGUGUCCAAAUUCGAUCGAGAAAACUAGUGUCAGUCAUACUGAAGCAAUUUUCCACGAGUCUACCUCAGCUGGGCUAAAGUUUUAUAGCGCCAAGAAUCCUUCCUGGAUUGACACCGCCAAAUUCCUUGAUUUGAUCCGAAAAGCGUGGAAUAUUCUCAAUGUGAAAUCCAAGUUCAUGGGUAUUGCCAAGCUUGAUACCUAUCGUGAGCCUAUCGACAGUGUUGACCACGAGAACCUCAAGUUCCUCCAAAGGUUCGUGGACUGGAUGAACGAGUGGGAAGCCAAAGCACCAAAGAAAAAUGGCUUCACAUCAGAAACCUUUCUUGCCUGGCGGCAAACAUGCUCUUCUUUGGCAGCUUUUGCCAUAUAUCUCAUCGAAGACCAUGGGUUUGAGUACGUGAUGCUUGGAGCUCUCGAAUCUGACAGCAUUGAAUCUAGGUUUGGCUGGUAUCGUCAGAUUUGUGGUGCGGUGUACUUCUCCUCUAUUCGCCAAAUUCUCUCCGCUGAAAAGAAAAUUCGCAUAGUCUCGUUGGUGAAGUAUGCUAACAUGGACAUGACCGAAAUAAGUGACGUCUGCGCUCUCACCAAUGAAGAGGUGGCUCUUGAAAAAGCGGAGUUUGUUGAUGCGGCUACUGAGAUUGUUGAACACUUGGGAACUGUGGAUUUAAACUGUGAGCCAAGCAAUGACAUCAAUAAUCUCGUCUUCCUCAUUGCUGGAUUUGUGGCCAGAUCCUUGAUAAAACGGGCCAGAUGCGAGGACUGCAAGACCCUUUUAAGCAAAGCUGACCAGCCUCUUAUGGAUCUUGUUGAUGUAAGCCAGACUCCUGACAACGAAGAGACCAUGACAAAAGAAAAACUUUUGAUGCAGAUCAAUCGCGGCGGCCUCUGCACUCCAAGUGACCUCAUUUUCAUGCUUUGCUUACAUCUGUGGUUGAUUUUUCGUUUGAUUUCAAGCUCGGCAGUGAAAAAUAAGUUGGUCCUCAGCGAGAAACCUUGGUUGAUAUUUGGUCUUGUUGCCUUCGACCUGCUCAACGAUAAGCCCGAUAUGGAGACCGUUUUCGAGCACCAAUGUGAAUCUGGUCAUCAGUUUCAUGAUCACUUUAGAGUUGCCGCGACAAAGAUGCUCAAUAUCUUCCUUAAGAAUGAGGCAAAGAUGAUGAAUGACAAGAUUCGUGGGACAAAAAGAGGCUCGAACACUACCAACAAGUCAAGCACGACUAGAAAAGUUACUAAACUGUCGUCAAAAUCAUUAAAAUAAUUAUAUCGAAUUCUUAUUGAGUGACCAAACAUUAAAGGCAGGCUCAAAUACACUCAAAACUCAUGCUUUGGGAAAUCAAGAUGUAAUUUGUUCAGCUUUUUGCUGAUUUGGAGAUUAUUCCUUUUGUGCUAUUUUCUUCUCUUUUGCGCGCGUGUGACUACUCAUGUAUUCACGUCAAAACAAGCAAGCGUUCCCUAGCUAUCCGUUCCAUGCCUUGAACCAUGACCAGCUGCAUUGGAAGAUCGGAUACACCUCGAGAAACCUGGCUUUCAAUAUCUUCAAUAUAUUUUCAAUAGCAUUCGUGCAUCGUGGACGUGGAUGCAGUGCCAGCAGCGACGAGAUUGGCAUGUCCCAUGUCGAGUCGCGCGAGAAGGUAUGAGUGUUGCUCCGGUAACGAAAGAGUGUCCAUAUUGGAAGACAAAUGAUAAGACUUGAAUUUUCGCAGCCACGCAGUGAACUCCUGUGGCGAGAAGGUGAUGCCAAGCUCGACCGGCCUGAGGCCCAUCUGUUUCCGGAACAUGACUCUCGGUGUCGUGGUUGAGACGUUCGUGGUGGGGGUCGGGGUUCGCGUCAUCGCCGCCCCACGCACUUGUUGUUACGCAAGCUCCAUCUCAUCGUCAAUGGCCUUGAUCUCUGCCACAGUCUCGGCGCUGGUGUCAGCCCGGCCAAGAUCCUCAAGAUGCUCAUCGACCUCUCGGAUUGCGGCCAAAACCGAGCUAACCGUGUCCCGAAACGCAGCGUCGUCCACGGUGAACGCAUCCCUGCUGGCAGUCUCCAGCACGGACUUGACGUCCAGAAGAACUGCUUUUCGACAUACCGCGAGUUUUUUUUUGAUGGUCGGUACUGAGGGAGGCGCCAUGGUGGCCUCGAUGUCCCAGUACUGACCGAAUGUGUCUACCGAGGGAGAUGACGAACACAUACCGUGUUGUAUCCAUUAUUAGUAGAAAAGAUAUUUCAUGAUAACUUCAUGAUCUUCUCAAACACCUUCGCAAUAUUCAAAGUGAGAGAAAUUGGCCUAUAAUUACUGGGGAGCGACUUAUCUCCCCCCUUAAAAAUUGGAACAACAUGAGCUAACUUUAGUGAAGAUGGAAACUUGCCCUGAUCCAAGAUGCAACGCAUCAAGUACGAGAAAACAGGAGCAAGAACCAGUGAGCAUCUCAUCAGAAACUGAGAUGUCACCCCAUCAGGACCAG